AUGGGUUUCUUCAAUCGCCAUCCCCGCGGCGGGCCAUCCCCAGCUACGGCCCCAGCCGCAAACGGCCACCAACACUCCGCGAGCCAUCAUAAUGAGCCAUAUUCGAUGGCGACUCGGCCAACCUUUGGCCAGUGGCUGAAGCAUACAUGGUUGGACAUUCUGACCAUGGCGGCCAUGGGUGCCGUUGGUCUCGGUGUGUACAUGGCUCGUCCCGCGCCGACUCGGUCGUUUGCGGUAACUUUCACCGACGGCGAGGUCGUUUACCCCCAGUUCGCAUACCCCAUGCGAAAAGAAAUCAUCCCGAUUUGGCUGGCCGCCUUUCUGGCUUCCGUCAUCCCGAUCGUGGUAAUCCUCUUCAUGCAGAUCCGGGUCAGGUCGUUCUGGGACGUCAACAACGGCGUUAUCGGCCUGCUAUACUCGCUCAUCACCGCGGCCGUCUUCCAGGUCUUCGUCAAGUGGCUGAUCGGCGGUCUCCGCCCCCACUUCCUCACCGUCUGCAAACCGGACCUCAGCCUGUCGAGCAACGACCCGGGCAUCGUAGGCGCCGGCUACAACGCCAAGGGGUUCAAAGAGAUCUACUACACCCGUGAAGUCUGUACCGGCGACGAGAAGGAAAUCAACGACAGCCUCGAGUCGAUGCCCAGCGGGCACACCACCGCCGCGUUCGCCGGCUUCGUCUUCCUGUACCUUUACCUCAACGCCAAACUCAAGGUGUUCUCCAACUACCACCCGGCUAUGUGGAAGCUCAUCGUCCUCUACGCCCCAAUCCUGGGCGCGUGCCUGAUCGGCGGCGCCCUCACCAUCGACGAGUUCCACAACUGGUAUGAUGUCCUAGCCGGAGCCCUAAUCGGCACCGCCAUGGCCUUCUCCGCCUAUCGCAUGACCUAUGCGGCUGUGUGGGACUGGCGCUGGAACCACAUCCCCCUCAACCGCGGCGCGCCGUUUGCGUUUGGCGGGCCGGAACUGGCCAACGCGACUUUUACAAGGCGCGCGGGCUGGGGCGCUGCCGCGGCGGCUAUGACUGACGGUGCUCACCAUCAGAAGGGCGCGUUUGAUCAUGGCCAUGGGCACACGGUCAAUGGUAAUGUCGCGGGGUUCAACCAUCGGCCGGUUGCUUUUGGGGCGCGUGCCGAUGACAUCGUGUGA